CGUCAAAGAAACCCUUUUCGCCACUGGUUCCAGAUCUGUUAAUUUCGGGCUGGUGCGAGAAACCACGUUGAAUACCAUGGACAAUCAGCCUCUUGGGGCGGCGAUGGAAACCUUACUCUGUGGUGGGAGCUCUUACAGACUUCAGCUUAGUAAAUAUCUGGUGUGAUAGCUGGAGUCCGUGUCAUCUCAUUCGGACCAAAUGUCAUCACCACCUGCAGCUCAUAUUCCUCGAACCUCUGCCUCUCCUCGCGCAUCGGGCAGGAGAGGUCAACGACGCGGCCCGACACCUGGGGAAGGAGACGCUAGGAGCACGGGCAGCGGCGAGGAUUCUCAUGCGAACUCGCGCAGGCGAAGAGAACCCCGACCACCCUCUGGUCGAAGAGAAGAGGCUAGAGAGCUCUACAGGCAGCCGUCAGAAGGAUCUCAAGUCCGAGCGCCGGUCAUCCUUGAGCGACGGCCCGUUCCUCAAAAGCCGGAAGGCCCAGUACCUAAGGGACUGUUGCUGCGAAAUCCACCUGCUGGAACAACCCCGACAAAAACGAUUGAAAGGAAUCUUGACCGAGGAACUAGUGCUACUACGCCUGAACUCGCUGUCCAAGCCGCAGGAGUGACCCUGCCUCUACCGCGGAUUCAUAAGAUUCUUGACCAACAUCUCCGCUUCCAGCCAACGGAAACAGUGCAUCGCGCUCUAUCUGAGCUUCCGGGAUGCUUUGUCGUUGGGGCCAUAGGUCGGCGAGGUACAGGAAAAUCCACAAUUCUAGCACAUUUCUCAACGUCCUUGACAACGUUCCCUUCUGGUCAAACAAGGACCAACGGCAUUGAUCUACACGUCACGCCAGAACGUGUCAUACUGCUGGAUACUCAAGCACUACUUUUACCUGGCGGCCGGGCACCGCACGAUGAAGCAUUGCAAACAAUGCGACUGGCUUGUUUCAUACUUUCCGUCUGUCAUGUAGUGCUACUUGUGUCGGACACACAUGAGCUUGAUGCAGAUCUUCUUCAUUUUGUAAGAACUAUGGAAGCUGUUCGACACCGCAUCAUCCCUUUGUCGAAGGAGGAGCAACAAAGCGAUGAACAUCGACCAGAUUUGGUAUAUGUUUCCACCAAGUGCACAAGUGAUUCGUUUUUUGUUGAAUCUUAUGCGAAUAUGGCAACAGACUUUCUGUCAUGGUUUCGAGGCACGCGUAUUGGCGUGCUUGGCGGGAGUGUAAGCAUGGGGAAGAGGUAUGGACAGUAUUCCGGACUAGGCAGCGACGAUGAUCGGAAAGGCGGAAAGCCAAAACUGGGCAAGAAAGCUUCACGUUCAAGCAAUGGGGAGGUUGCUGAUCCGAGGAGUUCUCCAGUGUCGCCACUGAGUGUUAUGACAUCUCCAAAGCCAUCCGAUCCUCGAUCAGGGACGCUGGUCCGUGAGCCAAAUAUCUUUCUGCUUCCUCGUGCACCGGUUGUAAGCAAUGCUUCGAGCGACCCAAAUCCGUCUCCGGUGGGUAAGCCAGGUGGGCCCCCCAUACUGGAUCGAUUGAUCGGAUUUGGCAUCCCUGCUAGAUACGAAGUAAUGAUGAAGGAGCUAAGAAAUCAGGUUUUCGAGACCCCUCGAUGCACUUUAACGGAAAAGAAUCCGAUGGUGCGGCGGUGGUAUGGGAUGUCAGAGCGUGACUGGCUAAAGUUUGCGACCAAAACUUGGGAGACAAUUCGGAAAUCGGACAUGGACAGGCACUGGGCGCGAGUUAUGAAAAGUCGACUGGAAAGAUAUUCCAGUCGAUGACCCUUUGUAUGAUAGUUUUAGAUAGAUCUCUGCGACGGUAAUAGUUUAUUGCUUGCUUUUCAACGUCUUGCUCUCUUUUUUAUAUAGUGAACUGGACUUUCCGCACAUAAUCACUUGCUUCCAAC